AGCCAGUCCGCUGUAGACGCUUGGCGAUUGUUGGGGUGUAGUGCGCGUGGUGGAUACAGCGCGUUGUUCCGGCUGCCAUGAGGUAGCGCAGUCGCACAGUGGGAGUGGCCGCACCUGGAAUGCCAGUUGGCUGAGGCGAUGGCGCGCAAGCUGAAGAGCAACCACUACGUGGCCGCGAGCCCCGUGUCGCAGCACUCGCCCGCGCCCAUGUACGCCAACAGGGGCUACUCCACGGACGGCGAGGAGAGCCAGCGCACGGCCUCCGAGUACGUGCCGCGGGAGCCGCCCGCCAGGCCGCACCGCGCGCACCGCCCCCGGCCGCCGCCCUCCGACCCCGAGGGCUCCGACAUCUACGUCACCAGCGCCGCCUACCGGGCGCCCUCCGAGAUCAGCCGCGGGUCCCGGUACAGCCACCACAGCCGGGCCCCCAGCCACUACUCGUACCGCAGCGGGCGCGCCCCCUCCCAGGCGUCCACAGUGAAGACCAGGACCUCGCGCAAGGGGGGCGUCGUGGUGGAGACGAUGGCCGCGCCCAACCCCUUCUGCCCCAACACGCGCGGCAUGUGCUGCCUCAUGCUGCUGCUCAACCUGGGGCUCAUCCUCGUCACGCUGGGCUUCGUCGUCGUCAUCCAGUUCCGGGAGCCCUUGUUCGUGUGGAUACUCGGCAUCGUGUUUCUGGUGUUUGGAUUCCUCACGCUGUUCGGCAGCAUCGUCUACUGCGUGUACGUGUGCAAGGACGCCAAGUCCCCGCGGGAGGUGAACCCCGACGAGCUUUACUGGACGCACCACUGGCAGAAGACCAUAGGGUCGCCGGAGAUCAGCGACCAGGCACAGGACAAGUUCCCGGACGACCGCUACAGCGACCGCUACUCCGCGGUCAGCAAGUACUCCGGGAAGUACUCCGACAGGGACCGCAGGAGCGACCGCUACUAGCGACGGCUUUACUGAUCUCAUGUGCUGGGACUGACAUCUUGCAGACAGUUUGCAGUAUGCAUACCAGUAAACAUUUGCUAGUGAGAAAAUACAAUGACAACAGCUUCUAAUUCUUAUGCUGUCAGAUAGUUUGAAAGAAAUAACAUAUGGUAGAUAAAUUUCUAUAUAAAAAUAAAUGGUUUGCAGUAUUUACUACAUACAGAGUAAAAACUAUAAUUGUCUAUUAAAAAUUCAAGGUUUCAUAGACAGUGUAGUACUAGAUACUGAAUACUGAACUAACACAUCUUCUAACAAAAGAAAAAUAUAUUGUUAUGAACGAACGGUAAGUGCUCUCAUUCAUAACUGUAUUUCUGGGAACAUAUUACGUUAUAAAUAGUAACUAAUACAAAAUCUACAUAAUGUUUUAUAGAUGUCUGCUGACUGAAUAAACUAGCCUUAAAAUAUACGUAAUUUGUGGAGUAGUUAGGAACUUUAGCUUGUUGCCUACAUUUUGAGUAAGAAUUAUACAACUUGCACUUAAUUAACUUUUAACUGAACAUGAAGGAAAUCCAGUCUUAAGAGAAAAACUUGAUUCGUGUGUGUGUGUGUGUGUGUCUCACAGUUUUUAUAUUUCUUAAUUUCUUGACCAAUUAGGUGCUAUUUCAGGUGCUGUACCCUUUUUAUUUCCUUUUGAAGUGCUCUGCAUCAGAGCUUUUUCACUAAGUGUGUUUCAGAAGUGAAAACGUGAAUAAAUUGGUACAAGUUAAUUGAAAGC